AUGCUAAAAAUCAUCAUCCCAACUAUAAUACUCCUCCCACUGACCUUCCUAUCCGUACACAAACACCUAUGAACCAACAUCACCCUACAUAGCUUCCUAAUCGCUAGCGUUAGCCUUCAAUGACUUGUCCCAACAUACUACCCAAACAAAGGCCUAACCCCUUGAACCUCCAUCGACCAAAUCUCCUCUCCACUACUCGUUCUAUCGUGCUGACUACUACCGCUCAUGGUCAUAGCAAGCCAGAAUCACCUAGAACAAGAACCCCCUAUCCGCAAACGAAUCUUCACUACAACAAUUAUCCUAGCCCAACUAUCCAUCCUCCUAGCUUUCUCAGCAUCAGAACUAAUGCUGUUCUAUAUUGCAUUUGAAGCAACCCUGAUCCCUACCCUAAUCCUCAUUACACGAUGAGGCAACCAACCAGAACGACUAAAUGCUGGAAUUUACCUUCUAUUUUACACCCUCGCCAGCUCACUACCACUACUAAUUGCAAUCCUUCACCUACAAAAUCAAAUCGGUACACUAUACCUCCCAAUGCUCAAACUCUCCCACCCUACACUAAACAACUCCUGAUCAGGCCUAAUUGCAAGCCUGGCCCUAUUACUAGCCUUUAUAGUAAAAGCCCCCCUAUACGGCCUUCACCUCUGACUCCCCAAAGCCCACGUAGAAGCACCAAUCGCUGGCUCCAUGCUACUGGCCGCCCUACUUCUAAAACUAGGAGGAUACGGCAUCAUACGAGUCACCAUUCUAGUUAAUCCACCAUCAAACAACUUACAUUACCCCUUCAUCACCCUAGCACUAUGAGGAGCCCUAAUAACCAGCGCCAUCUGCCUACGACAAACCGACCUAAAAUCACUCAUCGCCUACUCAUCAGUUAGCCACAUAGGCCUAGUCGUAGCCGCAACAAUAAUUCAAACCCAAUGAGCGUUCUCAGGUGCAAUAAUCUUAAUAAUCUCACACGGACUGACUUCCUCAAUACUAUUCUGCCUAGCCAACACCAACUAUGAACGAACCCACAGCCGAAUCCUCCUACUCACACGAGGCCUACAACCACUACUACCCCUCAUAGCCACCUGAUGACUACUAGCCAACCUGACAAACAUAGCCCUACCACCAACAACAAACCUCAUAGCAGAAUUAACCAUUGUGGUUGCCCUAUUCAACUGAUCCUCCUUUACAAUCCUACUCACAGGAAGUGCAAUUCUACUCACCGCCUCAUACACCCUCUACAUGCUCAUAAUAACCCAACGAGGAGCUCUCCCAUCCCACAUUACAUCAAUCCAAAACUCCUCUACACGAGAACACCUCCUCAUAGCCCUACAUAUAAUCCCCAUAAUCCUACUUAUCCUAAAGCCUGAACUUAUCUCCGGCGUACCCAUAU